AUGUCAGAGUCCAACGCGCCGGGUUCGACUUCAGGAUCGGCUUGCACGUGUGGCGAGUGCUUCGAAGGCUGGCUCUCGCCGCGCAUGCGCGAACGUCUCGAAUACUCGACGGAGCUACGUUACGGGCUCGCGAAGGCUUUACUUGACACACAAGAUGGUGUCCCAGACGACGUCACGAGCACCCUCCCAAUCGACUACGCGCAGAUCGACGUCGCGUUCUACUACCUCCCGUCAGAGCUCCGCGCGAAGAUUAGCACCUCUCCACCGGAGACUCAGAGCGACGCGGACGCGUCUUCAAACACCGGCGACGCGAUCUAUCGCGGGUACACCGCUGCCUUCAAGGUGGCGCUGGAACUAGCCACAUCUUCUUCAGGCGAAAACGGGAAGGCGCGAUGCUUCCCCACCGUCUCCGACCUCACCAAACGCUUCUCCGAGCUCCGCGCUGCCUCAGCAGACACUGCCUCCGACUCGGAGCUCGACGCCACCGCGCGCGAGCACCUCGCUGCGUUCCUCGACGCCGGCGGGUCCGCGGAGUACGCGCUCGACUGCAUCGUCGAUCGCGCGCGCGAGGAGCUGUCUCCGCUUGGACGGCUGUACGACACGGAGAAGGAGUACAUCGACGCGGUGCUGGAUGGGAGCGAUGGCGAGCCGCGCGGGGCGUGCGCGAACGAUCUUGACUUCGCGCGGGUCCGGGAGAAGCUGGGGCUGCCGGCGGAGACGAGGGGCGUCGAUGUCCCGCUGGACGAUGGGGAUCAUCUGGACCCGUUGUCUGAUGAGGAGUAGGAAGUGCGAAAGGAGGAGUAUCUAAGAUGAACAUGCUGAACGCGAAGGAAUCGGUGUAUGUUAUAUCUCUCAUAUGUUAUGACGAA